CUGGGACGCGUCACGUGGGCGAGCGGGCGCCGCCGUGAGGGGCCGUGGGGGCGGUGGGCGCUCAGUGCGCGCGGGGCCGCAGCCAUGUUCGGGGCCAUGGGCCGGUGGUUCGAGGACGAUCCGUUCUUCCGCGAUCCUUUUGCCGCACACCAUGAACACAUGCGGCAGAUGAUGAGGAGCUUUUCUGAUCCCUUUGGCCGAGAUCCAUUUCUCAGUGUAACAGAUGGCAGGGAGAGAACGGUGGAUCGAAGAGCACGCCAGGAUUCUCAGGUUGCUCUAAGAGGAAAUCAAAGAGCCAUGAGCUAUUCCCUCAUGCCCUUUUCAGGCUUUGGUAGAAUGCAGGAUGCAGAUUUUGGGGAUCCCUUUCUUGCGAUGGACAGAAUGAUGUCAAAUAUGAGGAACAGCAUGUUGGAGAUGCAGAGAAAAUUUGAUGACCUGUCAGUCCAUCCAGAUGCACACACCUUCAGCUCCUCCUCUGUGAUGACAUAUUCCAAAGUAGGAGAUGAACCUCCCAAAGUUUUCCAAGCUGCAGCUCAGACACGCACAGCUCCGGGAGGUGUUAAGGAGACAAGAAAAGCACUCAAGGAUUCUGAAAGUGGAGUGGAAAAAAUGGCUAUUGGUCAUCACAUCCGUGAUCGUGCCCACGUUGUAAAAAAAUCAAAGAACAGGAAGACUGGUGAUGAAGAAAUGAACCAAGAAUUCAUCAACUUGGAUGAAAAUGAGGCUCAGUCUUUUGAUGAGGAGUGGCAGAAAGAGAUUUCCAAGUUCAGGCCAUCGAGAAGCAGGUGCAAUUUAGAUGCUCCGAAAUACAGCAGCGUUCAGCACACACGUAAGGAAGAUGGAAGAGAGAAACCACUCACAUCUGUGGGCUCCAGGGGACCCAGAGCUUCCAUGGAGAAUGACCUCAGUGUGAAAGGAACACAAGUCCCCAUCAAAAGCAGCAAGAAAUAGUUCAUUGGGAGGGAGUUGGUACAGAAAAAAACAAUGGUGCUGCACUGCUUAUGUCAAUAUAAGUAUACAACGUACAUAUGA